AUGAACGCGACGGACCCGGAUGUACUAGUGGCAAGAGGCCAACUGGACGCCCUGUACCGCGGGGAGUACGCACUGGACGCGGCCCGCCCGCUCGACUUCAACGCCUCCUUCGACAACGCCUCCGUCUACAACGUAUCCGACCCCGAGGAGCCCUGGAACGACUACAUCAAACUGCUCCAGGACAGAGCACUCCUCGUCUCCUUUCUUCUACUGUUCUCUUUAACCACCGUGUUCGGCAACAUGUUGGUAAUCCUCGCCGUGGUCCGUGAGCGCUACCUGCACACGUCUACCAACUACUUCGUGACGUCACUCGCGGUCGCCGACUGCCUGGUCGGUCUCGUGGUGAUGCCUUUCUCCGCGCUGUAUGAAGUGUUAGAACACACGUGGUUCUUCGGAGUGGACUGGUGCGAUGUGUGGCGGUCUCUAGACGUGUUGUUCAGUACGGCCUCCAUAUUGAAUCUGUGCGUGAUCUCGUUAGACCGGUACUGGGCCAUUACGGACCCAAUUACAUAUCCGAUGCGUAUGAGUGGCCGGAAGGCCGCUUUUCUAAUCGCGGCUGUGUGGGUGUGUUCGGGCGCGAUAUCUUUCCCCGCGAUCGCCUGGUGGCGCGCCGUGCGUGUUGAAGAAGUGCCAGAUUACAAGUGUCCGUUCACGGAAAACUUAGAGUACAUAAUAUUUUCAUCGACAAUAUCAUUUUAUUUGCCUCUGUUUGUGAUGGUGUUCACUUAUUAUCGUAUAUAUCGUGCAGCGACUAUUCAGACGCGAUCACUUAAAAUCGGCACUAAGCAAGUGAUGAGACCUAGUGGUGAGUUAGAGUUGACGUUGCGGAUACAUAGGGGUGGGACAGUGCGGCAGCGUAGUGACGCGUGUCACGGUGCGUGCACGCCGGAGGAGGCGGACCAGGAGCCGCUGACGGCGCUGCAGAACAACGGUCUGUCGCGAUCGUCGACACGUCUGACCAACGUGACGCACGGCAAGCAUUUGCCGAAAAACUUUUCGCUGUCUCGUAAGUUGGCGAAGUUCGCCAAAGAGAAGAAGGCGGCGAAGACGUUAGGUAUAGUGAUGGGUGUGUUCAUAGUGUGUUGGUUGCCGUUCUUCGUGGUGAACCUGCUGUCGGGUAUCUGCUCGGCGUGUAUCGCGCACGAGGAGAUCGUCAACGUGGUGGUCACGUGGCUCGGAUGGGUCAACUCUUCCAUGAACCCUGUCAUCUACGCGUGUUGGAGUAGAGACUUUAGAAGGGCUUUUCUUAGAAUUCUGUGCGUGUGCUGCCCCAGAAAGUUGCGUCGAAAAUACCAGCCGCAACUACGGUUCAAGCAGUCCCAAUUGCGCACGACUCGACGUUAUUACUCAUCGAGCGAACUGAUGGGCAUACAACAGCUCAGACAAAACUCCUGCGAACAGACAUACAUAUAGCGAAUCAGCUCCAUUCUAUACAUCGCUUCGAUUCUCCUCCAUAUUUCCAAGUGCCUUGAUGAAAAAAUUCAAUUCGUAUCUUCCAAAAGUUUCUAGAAUACUUUAUGCGAAUUAGGAGCUAUUCAGAGCCGUGCGAAGGAGCGUAAUCUCGACAGAUAUUAAGUAGACGUAUGUUGACAUGGUUC